UGCAACGUCAAGGUUAUUUAAUCUACGAGCUGUCAAAUCAAUUACUGUGCCUCUCCAGUAUAAGCAGCGAGCGGCGAACAACUCCGCUUGUCAGAGUCAGUCAAUUUUUGUACGUCGUGGCUGGAGGACGGCAGAAUGGUUAGCAGAGCACCGACCGUGGCCUUCAAGCCGAGCUACAUGCACUGCUCGGGAACAGAACCACUGUUUGCCCUCACUUUAGGCCAGCUGAUAGGGGAAGCAGCCGAGAAAUGGGGCGAGCGAGAAGCGAUGAUUUCGCUGUACGAGGGUAAACGCUACACUUUCAAACAAGCACAAGAAAAGGCUGACAGGCUUGCCGCUGGACUUCUAAAGUUGGGGCUUAAGCCUGGAGACCGAUUGGGGUUAUGGGGCCCCAGUGCCAGUGGUUGGUACAUCUCGAGGUUUGCUGCGGCCAGGGCAGGACUUAUUGCUGUACAAAUCGACCCCGCAUACCAACCCCCACAGCUACAGGACGCUCUCGCCAAAGUGGAAGCCAAGGCGCUUAUUUGUGCAGAGAAAUUCAAGUCCAACUACUACAAGAUGCUAUUAACAUUAAUCCCAGAAUUAAAUGACUGUGCCGAGUUAGGAGUUGAAAUCUGCAGUUCCAAACUACCAACCCUGAAAACACUCAUUGUCAUGAGUGAUAAACAAUACAGAGGUGCUUAUCGCUUGGAGGACAUAAUUUUGUCUGCAGAUUCAGAGUACAUUCAGGAAAUACACCAGCUUCAAACACGAAUACAGCCUGAUGAUGGAUGUACCAUUCAGUUUUCAUCUGGAACAACUGGAACUCCUAAAGCUGCCCUCUUGACCCAUCACAACGUGGUGAACAAUUCCUAUUUCUUAUCCAAGUGGAUGGGUUUCAGCAUGAAGGGAGCAAAAAUGUGCACUGUUACACAGUUCUGUCACUCUACGGGCACUUGUUAUGGUAUUAUUUGUAGCCUACUUUUUGGAUAUACUGCUGUGUUGCCAUCACCUAUAUUUGAUGCUAUGAAGACUUUGGAAGCUGUCAUGCAAGAGAGGUGCACACACAUUUUUUCAACUCCAUCUCUAUAUGUGGACUUGAUUACCUCAUCAAAAGUCCACAACCUCAUAGUCACAACACUUCUGGUAGCAGCAUAUGGGGGUGCACCUUGUUCCCAACAGCUUGCCCUGCAGAUGAAGGAAACGCUAAAUAUCAAACAAUUGUGUCCAAGUUAUGGAAUGACUGAAUUGUGCGGAGUGUUCAGUUCUAGACCUGGAGACUCCUUGGAGCAAACAACAAGUACAGUUGGCAAAAUUAUAGAGCAUUAUGAGAUGAAAGUGGUGGACAGUGAAGGGUGCAUGGUUCCUAUGGGAACUCCUGGAGAGCUCUGGGUGCGAGGCCAUGGUGUCAUGUUGGGAUACUGGAAUGAUGAAGAAAAGACCCGGGAAUUUAUUCGUCCAGAUGGAUGGGCAAAAACUGGAGACCAGUUUGUGCUUCAGGAAGAUGGUUAUGCAAGAAUUGUAGGUCGAGUAAAGGACGUCAUCAUCAGGAUUGGAGACAAAAUCUUCCCAUCUGAGAUAGAACAGUUCUUUGAGGCACAUCCCGAUAUAAUGGAAGCUCAGGCAUUUGGAGUGCCAGACCCAAGGGUUGGAGAAGAAAUCUGUGUUUACAUCCGUCUUCGUGAAGGAGCCACUGUUACAGAACGAGAUAUCAUCGAUUACUCUAAGGAUAAAGUUGCUGAUUACCGCAUCCCACGGUACAUCAGAUUCACCAAUGAAUUUCCAAGGACUGCUGCUACUGGCAAGGUGCAGAAGACACAACUACUGAAAAAGUUGCUUUCAGAAAUGAACAAUACAAACUGAGUUAGGAACAGAUGUACAAAAGUUUGCAAGAUUAUCAGAAAAUCUACCAUAUAACAGUAUGUGACCUGCAGACUUCACAAAGUUUUUUGUUAUAAAUUAUCAGAAUGAUAAAAUAUAUGUUUAAUCUUGAAGUUCAUGAACUACAUUCUUUAGAUAUUUGAUUGUGUUAAGUUGUAUUUAAUGUCUAAAGUUUCAAUUCUAUAAAGACACAUUGUUUAUGCUAUAACUUUAUAAGUUUUUACUGUAGGUUCUUUCUGAACGCUUUCUACAUGUCUCCGAGCAUUGUUGUUAACUAUAUCCAUGGAACAGACUUAUGCUUGAGAAGUUAAUAGUUACUCAGCUAGUCAAGAAAUUACCUACUCUCUUAUAGAAAACAAAUGUUCAUUACUGUUUUCACAAGAGCUUGCCACUGGACAUUAUGAUUAGCCAGAAGAACCCAGUCCACUUCCUCACACCACAUUUGUUAAUUGUAGUUAAAUUAUAUUCUAAGUCUGUCUGUAAUACAUAUAAAAAUCACAAAUCAGGAAAAUAAAAGUAUUCACUAGGUUAAUUUUUUGAACUUUUAUUACAGUUAUAUUUUUAUCAUGUUGUUGUUAAUGGACUUCACAUAUGACUUGCCAACAGUAUGACAUAAAAUAGUAGUAUAUUAUCAUACAGAUGAUGACAGGUUUUAUGGAUACAAAGUUCUGGACUUAUGAAUGUAUAUAGUGAGUAAGGAUUAAAGAUAUAACUCCAGGAA